GGACCGCACAUACCUCUGUCAUGUCUCAGAGGCAAAAAUCCAGAGCGGCAAAAGCGGACAGAGUGUCCUUUUUCCUCGCUAGAGCCUCCACGGAAAGCCUUCAUACCUCCCAAGAUUGCGGUGAGCCUCACUAGUGUGAGACAUCUCCCUCUGCGCCGGCCUCACCAAACUGCUGCACUGAGGAGGGACCCCUAACCACCUCCAACAUGAGAGCAAUGAUGGCAGAGCUAUCUACCACAAUCCAGGCUACCAUCACCACCCAGCUAAAAUCUCUGGUGACAGAUCUGCACAGGGAAAUACAGGAACUGGGUCAAAGGAAAGCCCAUGUGGAGAGUAAGAUGGACGAAUAUGCAAUAGUUCAUAACAGUCUAGCAGAUAAAUUACAAGAACUGGAUGGGGUCCUGGAAGCACAACAAAUUAAACUUGCUUACCUAGAGGAGAGCUCCAGGAAAAAUAACCUCCGUAUACGGGGAACACCAGAGGAGGUAACCACUGCGCAUCUACCCAACUAUCUAAUGGAUCUUUUUCAGGCACUCACCCCAGAAAUCCACCCAGACCAGCUUAUUGUGGAUAGGGCGCACCGACUUGCAUUCACUUCGCAUCCAUGUGAAGGAACGCAUAACAAAGGCCUGCAGAAAUGGGGACCUCCCAGAGGAUCUGUUCACCCGAUCACAACUACUGAGGAGGGCUUGCAGAAACUGGGUGAAUGA